AUGAACACUUUUAUGAGGGGCAGUAGAAUACUAAUGUUCUCAUGAAUUGUGUCGCUGUAGCUAUGGUAUAUGUGUGUGUGCAGGUUGUGUGUCUGUGUCAGAGAGUAAUUGUACCUCACACAGAUUAUGUUCUCUUCAGUGCCUAAUCUGUGAAUAGAAGUUUCUCACACACACACACACACACACACACAAACACAACUCUUUUUGACUACUUGGUUGCCAGGAAACUUAGCCUUAGAGUCUUUGAGAGUGAGGGAUAAUAAAAGAAAAGAAUUGUGUGUGUGUGUGUGUGUGUGUGUGUGUGGCCUCCACCACUGUCUGGGCUACUGGGGGCAGUUAGUUAACUCUCUGCGGGUGUGUGUGCUGCAGCCAGGGCUGUUAGCAUUGAUUGCUUCUCAGACAUCGCUGGCUUAGACAAACUUCUGGACACAAAGCUCGGGCUCUGGGAAUCACCUUAAUCUCCUGCGGACAAGACCCAGCCAAGGCCAAGACAGACUAACCAGAGACUGAGGAUUUGUUUGAACUGUCAUACAUUUUUUUUUUUUUUUUAAAUGGUGUGUUUCAGCACCUCAGAUGCAUAGGGACUCUGGGACAGUUUGCUGUGGACACCCAUUGUUGACUGAAGGGAUGAAAUUGGAUGUCUUGGUAAGUUUGAAUGUGUUAUUAACGGAGAAACUGUGUGUUCAGUUCUACUAUAUGGACUUUAUGAUUAAAAACCUGCUUGACUGAAGUGUGUACACACUGGCAGUCCUGUCAAGGUGCAGCUAACUUGACAGUGAUGUUGCCAGGCUAAGAGCCUGUCAUUAUCCAGUUACAGCCUGGUACUGAGGGUUUUUUUGGACAGUUUGACUGCAGUGGAUGAUACUCUGUCCAACUCUAAUAAAACCCAGAUAGAAAUCCAGCAGUGACAGUUUCAAGAAGGCUGACUGAAACUUGAGGAAGGAGAGGGACAACACUGGUGAGCUGUAACCAUGGGAACCAGGAUGGAGGUGGCACAGCUUGAGAGCAGGAUGAAUAUUGAGGACUAUAGAAAGCUACAGAACCUCUUCCUGGAUGCCUCGGGUGCAUCUCGCUCCUUGUCCAGAACUGAAUUCAUGGAUUUGGCUUGCUCUUUAGUAGGCCGUGGCUGCAAGGAGGAAUAUGGCCUCCUGUUCGAUAGUGUGGUUGUCACUCAAGAGCACCGCGGCCUCCUUCUGGACAGUGACGCCGUGAAGGAGGAAGGACGUAUCGACUGGGGAGGCCUGUGUUCUUUUCUGCUGCUGGAGCUUUCAGAUAAAGUGAAGAACACCAGAACCAGUACUGUGCCUUGCUGGAAGCCCACGCGCACCCUGACCUGUCCACAUCGAGACCAGGUUCAAAAGGUGUUGUACAUGCAGAGUUCAGGCCAGUAUCUGACUGUGAGUAAAGGAGGAACUGUAGGGCUGCGGGAUGGAGAGGACAUGUCCCUUCUGCACACCCAUCGACUGCAAAACAGCACAGUCACACCCAAAGAUCUCUGGGUCACAGACAUGGUGCUGCUGCACAACAUACACAAGAUGGCUGUGUCAUUUACGAGUAAGGAGGUGUGUUUUUAUGACAUACUGUCUAAACAGGACUUCAGCUGCAAGUAUAAACUCCAGGGUUUGAAGUUUACUCCCUGGUGUCUCGAUUACUGGGUUGAUCCCUCUCACCCUGACCUGGCCGUUCUCACCAUAGGGGACAUUGGAGGACAGGUCAGUGCUUUAUAUUUCACCUCAGCUCAGAUCUCUCUGUUUGAGAAACCCAGUCUGAGGAUGGACUCAGAUUCAGCAGGCAUCAUCCUAUGGGACGAGCUGGUCAAAGGAAAACAUCACUCCUGUUACACUGUGACACACCAAGUACACGCACCUGCCUGGGUUAGAAAAGUGCGUUACCUGGGAUCACUGGAGGCUUUAGUGUCGUGUAGCACCAGACCACUGAGCAGCAUGGUGAUUGGCUGGAGGGAAAAGGAAACCAGGCGUCUACGAGUCACUUCUUUCAUUACAAAGAGGGGAGUGUGGGACAUGGACCACCACCGUGGGCUCAAUCUGAUAGCCACAGCAGGUGUGGAUCAUCAGGUCUUGCUGUGGAACCCUUAUGUGACCUCGGAGCCAGUGUGUGCGCUCAGUGGGCACACGAGCCCUGUCGUCGCAGUUUGCUUCAUACAGACCAAGCAACAACUGCUCAGCUACUCCAAAGAUAAGGUCCUGUGUCUAUGGGAUGUCUCCAGUCAGCAGUGUGUCCACCGAUUGGCUGGUGUCUUCCCAAAGACACAGGAGGACACACACACCCUCCUGUUCCUCCACGAGGAGCAUCAGUUCCUCCUGCUCUCCUUCAACAGCUUGCUUCUUCUGCUAGAGACCGUGAAGGAGGAGAAGAGGACCAGCAGCCAUGACCACCCUGUUACCUGUGUGCUGUAUAACAGUCUGUUCAGACAGGUAGUCAGCAGUGACUCUGCCUCCUCUGUGAUCUGCUGGCAGGCUGACACGGGCCAAAAGGUCAAGCAGUUCCAUCGUUGCCAUGGCAACGCUGAGAUCUCCACCAUGGUCCUGGAUGGUACACAGACCCGGCUGUUUACUGCGGGCACUGACGGAGAGGUCAAAGUGUGGGACUUCAAUGGCCGCUGCCUCCACAAAAUGAAUGCAGGUGUGGGCCGGGCUGUGGACAUCUCACAGGUCCUGCUGUUGAAGAGGAGCAUACUGGUGAUGGGCUGGGAAAGGAUGGUAACAGUUUUCCGUCUGCAUUCCUUCUCGCAGUCUUUUGUUGAGCCCUCGGAGUGGAAGGGAGGCGUUCAACAUCGUGGUGAUUUGCUUUGUGCUGCCUUCCAGCCUCCACAGACUCUGGUCACAGGAAGCUACGAUGGAGAGAUUAUAGUGUGGAACAACAGCACAGAAAAAGCUUUGAGGAAACUGCAGCCGCAUGCUGAACACGAAAACGACAAGAAACAGCAAGGUAAUUCCCCUGAUUCUCAUCUUAGUUCGAAAGGCAAAGAUGACUCAGAGAGCUUCAUUGCCAUCACCAGACUGUUCUUCAUACCAGGACGCACAUCUGCCGCUGCAGCUCCAGGUGGUGCAGACUUGGUGUCCUGUGGUGGUUCGGGUGUGGUUAGACUCUGGAACACCAUCCAUAGCCGUCUCGUGGGACAGUUCACAGCUCACAACAGAGAUCUGGGAUCUAUUGUCAUGACAGUCAGCCCGUGUGGAAAAUAUUUAGUCACUGCUGAUAGAGAGGGAACAAUCAAGACAUGGGACUUACAGCAUUAUUGUCUUGAGCCGGAUGAUGGAAUAACCGAAGAACCUCCAAAACUACUGCUUAGUUUUCGCACACACCUUGAUCGUGUGACUCACCUGGAGACGUGUGUCCACGGUAACAGGCUUCUCCUCCUCUCUGCAUCGUCAGACUGCAGUGUGGCUCUUAGCUACCUGCCAGGGGAUACCAUCGGUCUGUUCGGACAGGAGGAGCAGUGGUCCUUGGAGAGAAAUGAGCUGGACCAGAGAGAUCACGAAGGGCAAGAAGACACCAGGCAGGGUGGAGGAAAGGUCACCUCCAGCUCCCAGUGAGAUGCUAUCUGACCCAGGACUCAGAACCUCAGCAGAGGGAGAGGUGGAGACAAAAGAAAAAAAUGAGAAUGAGGACAGUGGGACAUGGACAGAAAAGAACCAUCCAGGUGAAGAGAUGAGUCUGGCAAAAUUGCAUUGUGCUGUAGUUGCAUAUUUUCACUGCUCCGUUCCACUGUCUGAUAAAGCUUCACAAUGUUUUUCGCAUUGUCAUGUAGGUAGAUAAGAUGGCCUGCCAUGAGUUUGAAAAUCCACUCAAUUUCUUAUGAGUAAUAAAAAUAUUUGCCAACUUUUUCUUGAUGUUAUUUAGGGUAAAUUGUGGAAAAUAGAACCAGAACAUUGUCUGUCCUUCAGACCUUCAGUCAGGAAAAUGGCCCUAAAUUGCAGCUUUUAUCACAUUGUAUUUCAACGCCUAAGGACAGUGUGGUGUGUAACAGUUAUUAGUCAUGACCGCCUCUCAGAGUCAAAGAGGAAUGAAAAGGCAUUUGUGAUGCUCCCAGUACUAUGAUUUUACUGUGAUGCUUAGAGAAUAGAAAGAGAUCAUACUGGACAUUAUUUUCUUGGGAACUAGAGAGUGCCUUAUGGUUUCAAACUGAUUGCACUGUUGUGAUACAAAAGACAGGGUCUUUACAACAGUUCUCAGUCUCCCUUUAAUUGCCAAUGGAGUAGCUUUAGGCUCUACACACAUUUGACACCACACAUUAGACAUUUUCUCUGGAUUUCUAGAUUUAUGAGGGAGAUUUUCAUUUCACAAAUACUGAUGGGGCUGUCCUGGGGUUAAUGUAUAUGUGAACCAGAAGAAAAUCCCUUUUUGACAUUAUAAUGAUAAUUAAUUAUAAUAAUGAAAUAAUGCAUACGCCUUGAAAAUGUCUUCAAAUAUAAGGGUUUUUGGUUCAUUUUGCUGUUUUUUGACUGUAUUUAUUGAUCACGUGGUUCUAUGCCUUCCAGCCCUCAGUUUUUGCCAAUUUCUGGUUCUUGCCUGAUAGACUUUUCGGUUAUCUAUAAUCAUUUGUGGCACAAAGGAGUUACGGGCUUCUUUCACAAACACUUUGCUGUUGUAUGAUGUGUGUAAUGUCAAGACAGGAUGAAUGCGAAAUCAUUCAAAGAAUUUGAUAUUUUCCGGAAUAAAAGUGUUCAAAUUGAGGGAUUCAGUUGAAGUACUGAAACGACAAAAAGAAUUUUGCAGCUUGAGCAUUAAAAUUUUCUUGACCUUGGAAAUUGUAGUGUGACAAAAUAAUCCUAACUCCAACUCCAGGGUCCAUUUACUUCCUUUUAUUCUCUCUAUCUGAUAUAGGCCUGUGCUGAGAUGUUGUGCUCUAUGAAGAGUUAAGUAACUAAACUGAGCUCAAAUGUUCAGUCUUGACCUUUAAGAAUCUGCCCUUUAUGCUUAGAUUUUCUUUAUCAAGUAACUAAGACAGCUUGUGGCUAAAAGUCUGCUGGAGAAUAUCAUCAAAAUGAAGAUCUUCUGCCCGAAUGAAUUCCAUUCUCUUAUCUGUACCAAGAUGAAAAUACAUUAAUGGCAGUUUUUAAGAAAAGUACCACUGCGUUCAAAGGUACUAUAUGUAUAUAAGUAUUUUAGUUUACAACAUUCAAAAAUCAACAAAAAUUAUCAACAGAAUAUGAAGAAAGUCAAGGACCAAAAGAUAUAUAUGGAUUGUGUUGCAGAGAUAUUUACUGGAGUUCACAUGCUAAGCAGCUAGGCUCGUCCCUUCCCGUCUCAUAACACCACUUUGUACCUCAGGAGGCGAUAGUGAGUCACUGUAGCAUCCAGUCUGGCCUCAGUCCAACAAGAAACAAUGAAGAAAUACGCUGAUCAGAGGAUGUAUUCCAGCCUCUUGGCUUGUAAACACAACGAUGGCUGAUUAUCUUAGUAAACUAUCAAACCACCACCCCCUCUGACAAGAAACCACAUUUGGCAGCAAAGAAAAAAAAAGCGAUAGAAAUAGAAGAAAACAAGGCAUAACAAUGUUUCUUCUAGCCUGGUAAGCAAGCAGCUGUUAAUGCUAACAUUGGCUAUAUAGCAAUAUCAAAAAUUUACAUAUAGAGCCUUUAAUGCAGUUACGGCCUUUCUGUCAUGAUACCGAUGAUGACAUUGGUAAACCUUCACAAUCAGAUGUUGAGGUGUUUUUACUCAAGCAGCAUGAAGGUGGAGAGGAAGAGCUGUAUAAAUCUCAUAGGUGCUACUCCAAUGGAAAUCAUGUCAAAAUGAAGAGUCACUGGAGUCUAGUAAGGCAUGUUUAGACAUUUGUUUGGCAGUUAUAGUGAAAGAUAUUCUCUUUAAGUAAAGAAGACAGAUGUCUUUCGGUGAAGUCAGCAGGAAUGGUGUGCCUGCCUCUUGGUAUAAAGCUCUGUACGGGUCAUAGGUACAUUUAUUAGUCCUUGAUGAUGGUUUCUGCGCGAGACAAUGAAUGAUGUUAAGCUGUUAAUAAAGCUCAAUCAAACAUG